AAGCCGUUUGAUAAUUAAUUUUUAUUCCGCCGUAUAUGGUGUAUAGGUUAGAAAGAGACAACUGUAGGUGUUGGAAGAUAAAAGCCGGCUGACGGUAAGAAAAGAACAAAACGGUAGACAAACGACCAACAAACGAAAUACCAAAGUAGUGCUUGUGCCGCCGAUCAGAAGAGAGCUCCAACGAACGGAAAAAAACGUGGUUUUGCCGCAGAAAAUAACAGAAGAAAACUGGAUAACAGUGCAGAAAAAAAUUGUCAAAAAAAAUAGAAGCGGGUUUUUUCUAAAUUAACGCCAACAAAGAAACCGUUAAAAGAAGUUUGAAAGAAAAGCAAAAACACUCAUUAAAAAAAACAGAAUUUCUUUUCAUACGGAUUAAAAAAAAAGAAAAUGGAAACUGAAAACUCCAAUCUAACUCCUGCCGCUGCUACUGAGGAGGCUGCAGCCACUAAGAAUGGCGGCAACGCAACUCAAGAAGUCUCAUCCACAACUCAAGCUGUUGAGCCCACCAAACGCUCAUUGCGUGUGCAAACAUGGAAGAAAUUGCAAGAAAACAAAUUUGGUGUAGGUUUCAAUGCCAUUUUCAAUCGCAUACCAGGUUUUGUGGACAGUGACAAGGCCGGCGCUCUAUUGGCCGAAACUGAGGAAUUCAAAAAUGCCAAGGAAAUUAAGGUUUUAAUUGAUCGCGCUUUGUCUGUCGCUAAAUUGCAAACAUUACUUGCUGGCAAGAAUUUGUAUUUGCCCAGUACACGCGAUUCUAAGGCUUUGUACUUGAAGGUCGAUGUACCAGCCGAUGCAACAGAAGAACAAAAGAACGAAAUUCUCAAUAUCCAGAAUCUUGAAAAACAUCGUAUUGAAAUUUCUUUGGAAAACAAACUCGAACUGGAUAUGGUCAUCAUUGGUUCAGUUGUUGUGUCACGCGAUGGCUAUCGCAUUGGUCGCGGCAAUGGUUUCAAUGACUUAGACAUCGGUCUCCUUAUGGAAAUUGGCUCUAUAACUGAUAAAACCGUCAUUGCCACAAUGGUACAUGACUCUCAAGUGGUUGAUAAUCUACCAACAAAUCUAUUCCAAAGAUAUGAUUCUCCCGUUGAUAUGAUUAUUACACCCACCGAGGUUAUACGCGUUGCCAAACGUUUGCCCCGUCCCACUGGCAUUUUCUGGGAAUUACUCUCAGAACGUCGCCUUAAAAUGAUACCCGUACUCCAAGUACUCAAAGAAACUCAGGAACAGGCCGGCAAGGUCAUUGUCCUCAAAGAGGAAGACACAGAUGUUGAACAGCAUCAACGCAACCAUAAUCGUCGUCGUUACUUACCACGUCGUCGCUAUGGUGGCAAUCGUCGUUAUCAACGUCGUACUGUCUCACAGAAUAAUGCCGAACAACAGCAAGGUGGCGAAAAUAAUGGCCAACAACAGAAACGUAAUCCACCACAAAGAAGACGUUUCAUCAAUCGCAGAAGACGUCCAACUAAGUCCGAAGGUGAUCAAUCUGGUGUAGAAUCGAAGAGUCAAGAUCGUAAAUCGGCUGGCGAAGGUGGCAACAGAAGACCAAAGUCACGUAAGAAUCGCCCAACACGCGAUUUCUCUGUUAAAGUAUCCAACAUUUCACGUGAUGUCCGCAUCAAGGAUUUGAAGAAAGAAUUGCGUAGUCGCGAAUGUAAUCCAAUGGCCAUUACAUGGAAGGGACAAUAUGGUCGCUGUUAUUUGCAUUUCGGCAAUCGUAAUGGCCAACCCAGCACUGAAGAUGACAUGAACAAAGUGCUGGAAGCUUUGAACGAUCUCUCCUUGACUAUCACACCCAGUGAUAAUAAAAAUGACAAAACCAGCCCUGCUGCCACCAAUGGUGAAGAGGGUGGAGCUGCUGGUGAUGCUGGUGGUGAGCAACAGGAACAAAAAACCGAGGAACAAAAAACCGAGGAACAUAAAACAGAGGAACAAAAAACCGAGGUACAAAAAACCGAGGAGGCUGCUGAUGCCACCCCCAAAGCAACCAAGGUUGUCAACUUGAAGGUGGAAUUGAUCAAACACAGUGACAAAGCAAAAAGUAAUGCAGCUGCUGCAGUAGGACCAGGAGCAGAAGCAGUUACUGCUGGAGCUGGUGGCGCCGUUAAUGGCGGUGGAGAUCCAGCUACUGGCGGAGAUGCUAGCUCAGCACGUAUUGAGUCUGUCGAUACCACUACGGUAUAGUGUGAGAUGCGGGCUGUUUUAAAACGGCUGUACUUUUGGUUUGGAUAUUUGGAAUCGUGCGUUAUAGCUUUGGAUGAUGAUUCACUGAUUGUUUAGCGUUGUGUUGGUACUAUGCUGCUCUCUCAGGUGUUUCAUCAUUCCUACUAUAUAUUUUUUGUCUUCAUCAAGUUCUUCUCUCACAUACUGCUUUUAUAAAUAUAGUUUAAAUAGAUUCGUGUCGCCUAGUUUUUUAUUUCCAUAAAAUCUCUCCAAUAUUUUUAAAUUAACGGUUUUUGGAGUUUUCUUAAAUUUAAUUUCAUGGCAGCUAAAAUUGCGCGCGCUGUGCUGUUUAUUUAGCUUUUUCUCAAUGCAUUUGUUAUAUAGAUCUGAUUUUAUUUUAAUACUCCUGUGCAGGGAGUUGUUGGGAAAAUGCCACUUUACUUGUAUGAUGUUUUUCUCAAUAAUUUCCUGCUCAAUAUUAUUGUUAAAUAUUUUAUGUAAUUAAAAUAAUGUAAUUUUUCUUAAUUUUUUUUUUAAUAUUUGUAUAUUACUCAAUCACAAACGCCACUUAUGCGAUCUCCAAAUAUCCAUCACCAUUUAUAAUCGUAAUUUAUUUGUUUAAAAAGAAAUUAUUUUCAUUUGAAAGUAGUGGGGGGAAAGAUUAACACGAUGAUGCAAUACGCUUUUCCGACAGCUGAGCUGUCGGCUAGGUUGCGUAUCUGUGUCAUCUAAAGGUCUAUCUUGUCUGUCCAACUCUUCAUCAAAAUGAGAAUUAUCUUUUUUUAUAUAUAUAUAUGAAAUAUAUUUUCUCUUUACAACUUCAACAACAACAAAAUAUUUGUAUGAAGAAUGAACAAAACAAAACAAAAAAAAAAAUAUUGAAAAAAAUCUUUAUAAAAAAUCAACAAAAAAAUGAAUACUGAACUAACAAAGAAAUAAUCAUGUUUAAAAACAAAAUAAAAAAGGAAACAUGUCUUGUAUGUUACAACAAUA